AUGAACUGCAAAGGGGAUGAGCCCAUGACCCUCUCGGGCGGAACCUAUCUACUCAAGGGUACCUUAAUCACCGUAGCCACACACACUGCCCGCGGCUCAGCCCUCUGGCGACCCGAGCUAGAGAAAUUCGACAGCCACAGGUUCUUCCAUAUGCGGAAGAACCUGUAUGCGGGAAGACGUAGGGCAGGAGAACCGAUGGCAGUUCGUCUCCACAAGAUCCAAGUGUUCCCGCCGUUGGCCACGGAACGCAAGCAUGCCCGGAUUGUAGAAGAGAAGCCGCCAACAAGCAUGUCUCUCAGUUGGUUUGUGGCGGGCUUGAGGGCAGUCCUCGGGAGUAGAGCGAGGACUCCUCAGAUAGAACUGUGGGAUGAAAGGUAUACAAGAAGCGAGGGCAUCACGCGAAGCAAGUAA